AUGGUGACGACUCUUGUUGCUGGUCUUGGUGUGGCUACUGCGGCCUUCUUGGGUCGCGCUGGUCUAGUCGCCUAUCGCCGCUCCAAGGGUGGCGUCAACGCUGCCGGAAAAGCAUUCUACAAGGGUGGAUUUGAACCGCGCAUGAACCGCCGCGAAGCCUCCCUAAUCCUGGAACUUCCUGAACGAACGUUGAACAAGGACAAGGUGCGCAAGAAGCACCGCCAGCUCAUGCUGCUCAACCACCCCGAUCGUGGCGGCAGCCCGUACUUGGCCACCAAGAUCAACGAAGCGAAGGAGUUCCUCGACAAACAUACCUAG